AAAACUAAAGCCUUCUCUUCUUAAUUCUUUUUUCUCUCCUAAAAUUUUCAUAAACACUUAAACCAAAAGACACAUUUCUCUAUUGAAAAUGGAACCCAAAAUAGAAAGCAUAUCAAGGAAAAUAUGGAAAAUAGUAAGUGUGGCUAUUUUCGUGAUAAAGAAAGGCUUAUGCAAGAAGAAGUUACUCAUGGAUCUCAACUUUACGAUGAAACAUGGGAAAAUCGCAGGUAAAAAAGCCCUAGGAAACCUUAUGUUCCACCACAACUCUCAGGGCGGCGUUGGUGGGCAGUCUAAACUCACCAACGACGCCCGGGAGUACGAGUUUAGUUGUAGUGACACACCCUUAUACCGUCACUACUUCACCAACAAAAGAAAAAAUCAACGUCACCAAAUAAAUGACCAAUAUUACAUGCCCUACCCUUUAACCUUGGAAGAUGGUCAAAAUGUUAAUCUAGAGGAUUUUAACAGCGUGCUAGAAAUGAUGCUACAUAAUGAAGAGGCUACUGGUGGUCUUUCGGCCCCUUUGCCGGCUUUGCCCGGUCUAGGAUUUGGACGGAGCCCUACGGUCCGGCAGCUAAGGAUAACGGACUCGCCGUUUCCGGUGCAAAAUGUGGAGGAGUACAAGCAUGUAGAUCAAGCUGCUGAAGAUUUCAUUAACAACUUUUAUUCACAACUUAAGUUACAAUAAUAGUGUCAAUUUAUUUCCAAAUGAAUAAUUUGAAGAGAAUUUUGUUGAACGGACGUACAAUUUUAGAGUAGGACCUUAUUUUUUCUCUUUUGAGACAAUUUGUCUAAAAAAAAUGUUUUAUUUCAUUGCAAAUUUGUAUUGUAUGGAAAUAUGACAUUAUAAAAACAUUUACUUCAAAUAAAAUAACAAAGUAUUAAAUACAUCUGAUCCUUAG